AUGGCGUUCCGGUCAAAUAUGGAUCGUAUGCAGACAAUGCAUCUCAUGUGUAAACGAGAACUUGAGCAGCUUCAGGCGAAUUUGUCUAGAUUUUUAAUCGAUAGUGAAGUUGUAAUGAGAAAUGAAAUAUUUAAAAAUUCUCGAAAGGAAUCUGGCUUCCCAUUGCAUGGCAAUGUGUUUGCGCUAAUGGCCUACGACCGAUACAUGUCUCGCGUGGCUUCCGUAACAAACUUGGCGCGGAAAUUUAACAUCCACUUACAACUGCAUAAUUUGAAUAAAAUCUUGACUGGUGGUGAUGUUGGCUUAAACAUGCCACAGGAUUCUUAUUUACUCGAGGAAUUCGUUGAAUGGCAUAAGGCGUUAAGGGACAACGAUGGGUGUCAAGAUUAUGGUGGAGACUGGGAACAUUAUCGUAGUAAUGAAGAUGAGGAGUCGACCGCUGCAUUAGCGUUGGAUGAUCCCAUAACCACUGAUAAUAAAGUCAAAGUAUGCGACGCAAGGUUUCCGUUUGCUCGUAAAAUAACUUUUGCCAGACCAGAAUCAUUGACGUUGGAAGCAUUGCCGUCAUGUGUGCAAUUGCGGGAUUUGUCUGGAUUCGUCGCUGGAUAUCACUUUGCAGCUUUUAUAACGUACAUCGAUAAUAUAGACACAUUAACCUUUUAUGCUUGCCAAAUGCGUAACGAUAUGCUCUACGAGCUAAGUAACAUGCUUAAUCUGCCCAAGAGCGUUCGAAUGCCUCCAACGAAUGUUGUUUUUGGUAUUUCUAUUAACAGUAAGAGCAUUUUACGAGCAGUAAUACAAACUCCUGAAUGUGUAUCUCAUGGUAGUACCGAGGAUAACAUACAUGUGCUACUCAUCGAUUAUGGCGAGCUUGUGCCUUUGAAUAGCAAUGAGGUGCAGUUUUAUGAUUUACCGAAAAUGUAUAGGGAUUUGCCGGCACAGGCUAUAAAAUGUAUACUCUUGGGAGUAAAAGAUGCAUUCGAAGGAUGCAAGCAGACAGAUGCAUUAUUAUUGGGCAAAAAGUUGAGAAAAUAUGAAUUUAAGGAAGUCACUUUUGAAGUGGUUCGAAAAACGGGCCGGGUUUUAUACGUAUACAUUAUUGAAAGUCGAGAAAUCGAAAAUUUACCAGCAGAGAAUAAGAAAAGAAAGAACGUAUCAAAUAACCCGUUUGUAAAUUCUUUUGAUGAAAAUUCCAAUAGUGAUGAUCCACCACAGAAACCAAAAUUUGGCAGCAAUAACAAUUUGAAAUUUCUGCUAACCCCUCGCAUAGAUGAGAUCUCCAAAGAUGACUUAAUUCAAUUGGAAGUUAUCCAUAUUGCUGGACCUGAUUGUUUCUACGGCCAAAUUCUCAAAGACAAGACUGAACAAUUGGAACAAUUAUUCUGGAAUACCGACGAAAUAUUACUGGAGCAAAAGUUGACUGAACCACCGAAAUUAGGUGAUGUAAUAUUGGCGCAGUAUGCAAAGGACGAAUUUUGGUAUCGUGCCAAGGUCAUUGAUAUGAUUGAUGACGGUACUUUCAAGGUAUUUUAUGUAGAUUAUGGCAAUACAGAAAUGGUACCACUGAAGAGUAUGGCAAGUUGCAACCAUGAGCAGGAAGUGGAACCGUUUCGCGCAGUUCUUUGUCGUUUAGAUGGUGUAAUCGAUCUAACCAACGGUGAUAAGUCACGCUUCGAGCAAGCUGUGCAAAUGUUAGUGGUUACGUUAUUGAAUCAACGUUUCGAAGUGCAGGUCAUACAAAAAAUUAACGAUGACGAAUUAACUGUACGUUUAUUGGAUAAGGAAUUUGCCGAAACAACACAAAUGCUGGUCAAUUUGGGAUUUGCUAAGCAAAUAUGAAGAGCGUACAUACAAACAGAAUUUAUGUUAUCGUUUUCGUGUGUAAAACUUAAGACAAAGUUAUGUUUAACUUUUUAUUUGUAUUACAGACGAGUG